AUGAUAUUUAGAUAUUAUUCUUCAGUUAUAUUAUAUAAACAUGAGAAAAAUGAGUUAUCUAUUAAGUUAAAAUAUUUUUUAAAAAAUGGAUUAAAAAAUCAUUUUAAUAAUAAAACAUCAAAUAACUAUUCAACAUAUAGAAUAAAAAAUGAUAUAAACGAUCUAAAAAAUGUUAAUUUAUAUUUGUUAAAUAAGAAACUUAUGAAUCAAAAGAGUUUUCUUUUUUUUCAUUAUAAUAAAAAAAAUUAUAGCAUUAAUAAAGAUGUAUAUAUGAAAAAAUGGAACUUCUUUUACAAUGAGAAGAGGUCUUUUAGUGGUAGGAGUGGAGGUUUAAAAAGAAAAAAGAAAAGAAAAGAAGAAAGAUUAGUAAAUAACUGUUCAGCAAAAAGAUUAGAAUUUUUUUAUCCAAAAAAAAAAAGAAGACAACGUAUUGGAAUAAUUCAAAAUAGUAGAAAAAAUAUUGUUUAUGAUAAUAUUUUAAAAAGGUUUUUAGUAUAUUAUUAUAAGCAAGGAAUUCAGGUAUUUAGGAGUUUUAGUUGUAAAAAGAAAAAGAAUUUUGAAUCAGCUAGAAAUAAAGCUAUUAUAUUAUCGAAGCAAUUUCAAAAAAGGUAUAGUAAUGAAAAAGGGGAUAAUGAAAAAGAAAAAAAUAAAAAACCUUUAAAUGUUAAUGACAGCAAUUUAAUUGCAAAAUAUAAUAAUGAUUUAAUAAAACAAAUAAAAAUUAUUCCUGACAAAAACAAAAGUGGAUAUAGAGGGGUUUUUUAUGAUCCUUCUCAUCAUGCAUAUAUAUGUGUAUAUAAUGAGGCAGGAAUACGAAAAUUUCAAAUUUUUAAAAUUCAAAAUAAUGAUUACCUUGAAGCAUAUAACUUAGCUGUAAUGUGUAGAAGAUAUAAACUUUUUAAAAAUUUUCAAUUUGUUGCUCAAAGAAAUAGAAUAAGAAGUGGUAGAGUACAUCUUAAGUAG